GUGACAUUCUCUCUCCUUCUCCCCCUCUCUUAGCUCGCUCUCCCUCCGGCCAUAAGAAGAAAGGUUUUAGAGCAUCAUUCAAUACAAAUUUCUAGAGGGCAUCAGCUGUGCGCCUGUAAUAAUAUUACAUUCUUUGUCUCUCUUUUUCUUUGAAAAAGACUCUCAACUACAAGAUGCCUGGAAAGAACUUUAAAAAGCAGGAUCCCAGAAACGGGAAAAAGGGACGGAAAACCAGAGGCAACUCAGCCCCAGUCCCACCUUCAGCCUCCUCCAGCAAAAUGUCCAACAAGCCACCACCAUCCUCCUCGGGUGCUCAAACAAGAGGACGAAGGACAAAUAAUAGUCAAAAAGGUCGUCCGCCUGUCCCUGCGGCAGCAAACAAACCACCGCCUGUGUCUGCUCCUCCACCGAACAGCAAAAAGAACGGAGGAUCCAAUGGCAAAGGCGGUCCUGGAGGAAGCAUGAAAUCUAAAAAGAAGACACCAGAUUACUCUUGUUACACAGCUGAGGACCAAACUGUUUACAAGCCAGGAGAUUAUGCCUAUGUCGAUAGCCAGCAGUCCGACCAACCAUACCACAUCUGUCUCAUCAACAGUUUUAAAGGAACAAGAAAGGAUACAGUCACAGCUGAAGUGAAGUGGUUCUAUAGGGUGUGUGAAUUGCCAGAAGCAGUCUAUUACCAGCUAAUGGAGGACAGGAAAUUAAGUGAAUAUGCUGCUACUUUUGCGCUUACUUCUAUAAGAGACAGGGAACUUUUUGCUGCUUUUAAUGUUGAUACUCACCCAGCUCAUUUAUUUAGGGGUAAAUGUGUUGUUGAAGAAUUCUCUACCAUAACUGACAUGGCUUCAUUUCUUCCAUUGGAGAAUCACUUCUUUUAUCAACAUGGCUACAAGCCUGAGUCAAGGAGAAUGACAAAAAUGGAUGAGUUCUCAUUUAUUCCUUAUAGCCAACAAGCUGAACUCCCUGAUUAUAAACCAUUCAGUGACAGUGAGGAGAAGGAGGACAGCAAUAAGCAAGAUGGAGAACACAAAGAAACAAAGAAACUGGACAGAUAUAGCGUUAGUGAUCAAACAUCUCCUCCUUCUGAAACACUAAUUUGGAAGACAAAUAUUGAUGAUGAUAAUUUACUCAUGUACCUAAGGGCAGCAAGGAGUGUAGCAUUACAUGCUGGAGUGUGUAUGCAAGGACUAGUAAGAGAUGGAUACAUGGCCGCUUCUUCUGAUGAGACUACUCAGCGAGCUUUUGAUGUGCUUCAUAGUAAUGAUUAUGAUACUGAGAAAGCACUCCUGGCAAUAAUCAAGAAGCCAAAUGUAGGGAAGCUCCACAGAAAGAAAAACUGGAGCAAAGAACACUCUCUCCUUUUUGCCAAAGGGAUGAGACAGUUUGGUAAAAACUUCAGAAAGAUAAAGAAUGAGUUAUUGCCAAAUAAAGAAAUAACUGAAUUAAUUGAAUAUUAUUACUACUGGAAGAAGACCACAGCUGGUCUGUCCUCUCGCAACACAAGGAAGCAGAGGAAGCAGUUUCAUAUUAGGAUGAGCAGGGCCAUGAUGAAGCCUGAGGACAAGUCACCAGAACCAGAAAAGGAAUUCAUUGAUGUCAGUUCUGGUGAAGAAGAUGAAAUGAUCGAUGAUGAGGGAGAGAAAUGCUUCGUUUAUCAUGCUUGCAGACAUUGCUAUAGCACUGAGUCGAGCAGCUGGCACCACAGUGGUUCAAACAAGACGAUACUCUGCAAUGAUUGUAGACUAUAUUUUAGAAAGUACAGCUGCAUGAGGCCUUUGACAGUUAAACGUGAGCCGCCUGCCUUCAUGUUUAAAGACUACCACGUGGCUCUUGCUGAAGAGAGUAGGAGGAAGACUAGGAACAGCAACAAUGUGCGUCUCCCUCACGCUGGCCUGAGGAACGGGAAAAUAUUCAGCAAGUCAGACUCUGAUGAAGAUGAAGAAGGUUCUGAAACGAGUGAAUUCAGCAGUACUGAGAGUUUCGAAGUCCCAAUAAGCACUAAAAAGAGGAACAGGGAACUACAGCAGAGGCGAUCACUAAUGGACUUACUUGACAACGAUAACAAGACAGCUGCUAAUAUAUCAGGAGGCAUGGCAGGGGGAGGAGCCAGCGAGGGAGAAGCAUCCGCUAGCUCCGAACCGUCUGAGAAAAAAAUCAAAGAGGAAAAAGAUCAACAGAGAGAAGGAGCGGCCAGCGAUGAAGACGGAGGCGGUAGCGGCCCAAGUACUAGUUAUGCAAGAGACGAUGACGAGUUUGAGGAAGGAGUAAUGGAGGAAGAAGAUGAUAAUGGAAGGAAGUCGCUGGAGGAGCAGCAGUCCAGCUCACAGAGCCCGGAAAGCAGUGGAGAAGAGAGAACUGGGCCGUUGUCUGCUACUACUCCGAAGAGCUCGGUUCCAUUUUCUAAAGCGUUUCAGACUCUUACCCAUACUCCCAUACCUCAGAAUCCCAUACCACAGUCCUUCAUGAGAGUCAGCAAGGAUACGGAAUCAUCUUGCGCUAGAACAGAUCUUGUGUAUGUUCACCCGUCGCCAGAAGAAAGGAAAGCACUCGCACAGCCACAAAAGGCUAUUCCACAUCACAUUCCUCAUCUCUCCUUUGGACAGCCAGAACUCCCCCCCAGCAACCCCAUCCCACCUGCACCUCAACUUCAAACACAGACCACUUCCACCAAGCAACAAGUCCCCACCAUCACGACAUACGACCCACACCUUCCAAGUGGCCCGGGACACUUUAUCGGCUUUCCCAUGCCUCCAGCUUUGACCCCCACAAUCCCCCCCGGGGCCGACCCGGCUUCUAUCGUUGCCAUGGCACGUCAGUUUCCCCCCCACAUGGCGAGAGAGGAUAUAUUCAUAUGGCAGCAGCAGCAGCAACAGCAACAGGCGCUAGCAAUGGCAAUGCAGAAGCAGCUGGAGACUGGAGCCGCACAGCAUGUUGCCUUUCAGCCUGGAGCAGGUGGACCUCAUAUUUUACAAUCUGCCACAGAGCACGGCAACCAGCAACAGCAAGGAAUGAUAUUUCAAUUCCCGACCCCCGAGGAAAUGACACGCCUCCAACGGAGCGGCCACACCCUCCACUCGCUCCCCGAGGGAGUCAUAGCCGCCCAUCCACACCAUCCUUUUCAUCCUAUCGUCGCCACGCCUACCAUCGUCAUGGAUACCGGUGCCCAUCACCACGACGACGGGCCUUCUUCCUCGUCCUCCCAUCACCAUCAGCCAGGAGCCCAUCACCACCCACAUCAGCCAUUGUCUCUCUCUCUCCUACCCAAUAACAUGGUCGCCGCCAACUUGGAAGCUCUCCAACAACAGCAGCAGCAGCAGUUGUUAUUACAACAGCAGCAAAACCCACAGGUUGCUCUCAUUAGCCAGGAACACUUUCAAGAUCUUCAGAGGCGAUACCUCCUUUACAUGCAAGAAUACCAGAAAAACCCAAGCAUUAUCAACAACCCCAACUUUCAGAAUGUUGUCUCACAGUACCAGCAAUUGGAGCAGUAUAUAUUACUCCAGCAGCAGCAGCAACAGCAGCAGCAGCAAGAGUUGCUCCUGCAGCAAGAGCUUCUUAAGCACCAGCAGCAGCAACAGCAGAAAUAUGCUCAUCAGUCUUCAUCGGGUUCUUCCACAUCGUCUUCAGCUGCAGCAAGGCCUGGUGUCAUCAUGAAUCUACAUACGACUGGAAAUAGAAGUUAAGAAUUUAUGAAAAAAAAAUAAUAAAGUUAAUAAAUUUUAAAAAUAAGCACACACUUCAUCCAUGCCUUAAAGCAAAUACAAAGUGUAUUGACUCCAUCAUGUAUUUUUUUGCUUGAUAUGUACUGUAUGUUUGUUGUACAUAGAUCUUUGUUAUUAUUAUUAUUAUUAUUAUUAUUAUUAUUAGUUGUUGAAAUUUUCAAUUCCCUCUCCUUCUCAG